AUGGAGAGCAAAGAGGCAGAGGAUGAUGAGGACGAAGAUCCUCGGAACAAACGAGCGGCCAGCAGGAGGAAGGCGGGAAGGAAACCCAAGGAAACUGAGGACGGAAGCAAAGAGGAGUCCAAGGCAGGGGGCAGAGGGAAGAACAAGAAGAGGGGAGGGAAGGGCAAAGGAAAAGGGAAAGGCGCUGAUAAAAAGAAGAAGAAAGGCAAUGGAAGCAGCUCGGACUCCAAUACCGAUUCUGAUGAGGAGGAGUCCAUGUCCGAAGGAGAGAUGGCCCGACUCACAGAGGAGUUGGAGAAGAAGAGGAAGCUUGUUGCCAUCAUGAGAACCAAGCCAUGGCGUAUGAAACGCCGCUUUGCAGCUUUCAAAGAGGCCCAGGAGUUUGUAGACAAAUUUGAAGGUGCUCUGGGGGGGAAGGGCAAAGGAAAGGCAUGGUUUGCCUACAAAAUGAUGAUGAAGAAGAAAUGGAUCAAGUUUCAGAAAGAUUUUGACAUUUUCAAGACAUCCUGCAUACCAUGGGAUAAGAAGAUCAAAGACGUGGAAAGUCACUUUGGGUCAUCGGUGGCCUCCUACUUCAUAUUCUUGCGGUGGAUGUACGGUCUGAACCUGGUGCUCUUCAGCUUAACAUUUGGGCUUGUGGUCAUCCCUGAGAUUCUAAUGGGGCUACCAUAUGGAUCCAUACCUCGGAAAACAGUACCUAGAGCUGAACAACCUACGGCUAUGGAUUACUCUGUUCUUAUGAACUUCAAUGGUUACUGCAAAUACUCAGUGCUUUUCUAUGGGUACUACAAUGACCAGAGGGCCGUUGGGCCUCUGAAAUUCCGACUGCCACUCUCUUAUCUAUUGGUAGGGAUUGGGAGCUUUGGCUACAGCCUCAUGGUUAUCAUUACAACAAUGGCUAAUGAUCAGGAUGUCGGCGGGGAUGAUGCGGAUGAUGAGUUCACUUUCUCCUGGAAGUUGUUCACCAGCUGGGACUUCCUUGUCUGCAAUCCUGAGUCAGCAGAUAACAAAUACGCCUCCAUCACCACAAGCUUCAAGGAGUCCAUCGUGGACUUGCAAAUGAGCCAGAAAGAAGAGAACAUCCACCUGCGGAGGUUCCUGCGGGUGCUGGCGAACUUCAUGAUCACCUGCAUCCUGGGAGGCAGCGGCUACCUCAUCUUCUUUGCGGUCUCGCGGUCACAGGAGUUUGCCAACAGGGAUGACCUUGGGUGGUACGAGAAAAAUGAGCUUGAGAUCAUCAUGUCUUUACUGGGCCUGGUCUGCCCUCCAUUGUUUGAAACCAUUGGUGAGCUAGAGGAUAACCAUCCCCGUAUUGCCCUCAAAUAUCAACUCAGUCGCGUAUUUGCCCUCUUCCUAGGCAACCUCUACACCUUCCUAUUUGCUCUGUUUAACGAUGUCAACAACAAGAUUGAGGAGGAAGUAGACAUAAAGAAUAAAUCAGUUUGGUUCCUGAAGGAGUACCUAGCCAACUUUUCCAUGUACAACAACGACUCUGAGGCCACUGCUCCGCCCAUCAACCCUGCUGAUGCCAUCCGCGGACCGUGUUGGGAGACUGGCGUUGGAGUUGAGUUUAUGAAGCUGACUGUUUCAGACAUCCAGGUGACCUACAUGACUAUUUUCAUAGGUGACUUCCUACGGGCCUUCAUUGUGAGGUUUCUCAACUACUGCUGGUGCUGGGACCUGGAGGCAGGAUUUCCAUCAUAUGGAGAGUUUGAUACCAGUGGCAAUGUCCUGGGGCUGAUCAUCAAUCAAGGAAUGAUCUGGAUGGGUGCAUUUUAUGCCCCUGGUUUGGUGGGACUCAACGUCUUACGUCUGCUGAGCUCCUUGUACUACCAGUGCUGGGCUUUAAAGUGCUGUAACGCGCCCCACGCGAAAGUCUUCAAGGCCUCCAAGUCCAACAACUUCUACAUGGGCCUCCUCCUCCUCAUUCUCUUCCUCAGCCUGCUGCCUGUAGUCUUCAGCAUGAUGUCUCUGCUGCCCUCCUUUGAUUGUGGUCCUUUCAGUGGUAAAGCGAAGAUGAUGGAUGUUCUCAUGGAAACAAUUGCCCUGGACCUGCCGGCCUUCGUAGGGACGCUGUUUGGUGUGGCUUCAGACCCAGGGCUCAUCAUACCAGGUGUUCUGCUCAUGGUGAUGGCCAUAUAUUGGCUGAACGCUGUAGCAGAAGAAUACAAGAAUGCCCUCUCGGAUCUGAAAAAGAAGAUAAAGAUGACCAGAGAAGAGGACAAGAAAAAGCGUAAAAACAAGAACUGCUUCAACCAGGCACAGCAGGACCUGGAAGACCUGUUCCCAAAGCGAUCUCUUGCAUGUUGAAAAUUGGUAUGAAUUGUAGGCCUAUCAUUUAAGUAGAAAUUCAAUAUAGCUGAACAUUCAUUUGAUUAUUGACUUAUUGUUGAAAACAACUCUAAUGUAUUAUUACCAUUGAUAACCACUGUGAGUUUAUUAUAAUCCUGGAAGAGCAUUAGCACAUCUUCACUAUGGCAAAAUAACCUAGGAUGAUCUAGAAAGCACUUAAUUGUUUAUCUUUUUUAUAUUAUGUUGUAAACCCAAUCUUUACUGUUUCAAUAAUAUUCCCCAUUGUAGCCAGGAAGGUAGGUUAUCUGUAUACAGUCAUCUAAUAAAUAUUCUUUCA